AUGACCGACUUCAAUGAAACAAGAUCACCCCUGACAAACGACAAUGUCCAAGCAUGGGCUCGUGCGAAUUUUGCCGCGCCCUUUCGCGCAUUACCGCGCGCUGCAAGACUGCAUUGGAUCCAGUUCGACGAGAGCUUCACCAUCAGCAGGGCCAUCUGGCGAGGCCUCGGUCGCUCCACCCACAAGCAGUUGCUUGUCAUCGGCGGAUAUGCGCCAGGCCCCGCCGGCGACGACGAUGAACCCAUUGAUCGCGUCACCGCCCAUGUCCACGAGGAUGAAGCCGAGGUCAGCUUUUAUCGCAUAACCGAAUUGGAUGACGGCAGUAGCGAGCUGCAAGCUGUGAAUAGUACCAGUACUGUUGCCUUCCAUGCGCCUUUUUGUGAUGUUGGAGACGAUAUGGGGGGGUCCAAAGCCAUCCAUCGCGUGUCGGCCCUCAUUCUUUACUACUUCUUGGCUGCUGGCCACGUGAAAGAGCUAUGUCGGACAAGGUCGGAUCCGACCAUGUUUACCAGGAAUUUUCGGGACGCGUGUUUAUGGGUGCACAACGAGGGAGAACGACCAUUGCUGCCGCCCACGAGAAAAUCAGAACCGAGUACUCCUUAUGAAAAGGACUCGAUCGUUGUCCGGCCAAAACGAUCAUCCACCAUCUCUUCAUUAUCAAGAUCCAUGACAGAAGAUAUCCAAGCGCCGCCCAUUAAACGCGCAGCAACAGACAGCCUAAAUGUCAAGAUCAAACGCGAACGCGACGAAGACUACACCGGAAUCGCAUCAGCCAUUCGUCCCAAGAAGCACCCUCGACGCACCCUCAGUGAGCAGAUCAUUGUGCCCUCAAAUCUCAAGCAAUCAACCACAGCACCGUCACCAUCAUCGAUUCUAAGUCCACGUAGCCCUGCGCCAGAGCGCGUUAAUCGUGCACUAACAGACAGAAUACAAAACCUCAAAGAUGAGAAUGCCGGUCUGAAAGAUGUGAAUGCCGGACUCAAAGCCUCUGUCAACGGUCUCCAAACAGAAAAAAUAGAUCUCCAGAAGCGCAUGGAGAAAGAAUCACAUGCAUACCGCGGCCUAGAAAUGGAAUUCGAAAGCAUCAAGAAGGAAAUGAUGGCCAUGAAAGAGCGGUUAGAAUCUGUCGAGACGUCUGGCGAGAAGGUACGCGUGGAAGUAGAUCGGUUAAAAACUGUCGAAGAGGCUAGUAAAGAAUUACGGAAAGAGUUGAGGAACGAGGUGGAAAAGCUGAGAGGAAGGGUUGAGAGGAGCGAGAAGGAGGCUGAGAACGCAAAAGAAGAGUUGUUGGCUGUGCGGAGGGGCCUCACCAAGGAGUUAGGAGAGGCGGUCAAGAAGUGGGGUGCGUAG